GUCGGUAUAUAAACGAGCAGCGCUUGAACACUUCCUCCGGAAGCAACAGUUGAACACCUUACCAGCAACAGCACCACUCCCAAUUCAUCCAUCGCACAAAGAACCAUGACCUCACACCCCCUCCACGCGAUCCUCGAUCCUCACAAAUCCGCAGCUCUACAACGUUCACCCCCGACACCCGUUAACCUGGACCUCAAGCCUCUUCUCUCUCGAAACCGUCAAGGCCUACCCGUUGUCGCCUUCACCCUCCAAGACAUCCUCAGUCCCAAAGAAUGCGCAGCCCUGAUCACUCGCUCUGAAUCUAUCGGCUACGACGUCGCCCUCGUGAACGUCUCCCAAACUGGGGCCGGAGUCCACAUACCGGGCUACCGUGACGGCCAACGCGUCCUCAUCGAUGAUAUUCCCUUCGCUGCCGAACUCUUUUCCCGCAUCCGACCCUUUAUCCCGGCCACCUACCAAUCCCGCCCGAUCAUCGGAAUGAACGAGCGACUGCGGUUCCUCAAAUAUAAUCCAGGGGAUCAGUUCCAGCAACAUAUGGAUGGCGAGUACCGUCGUGCGGACGGAUCCGGACACGUUACAAAGAUCACGGUGCAGUUCUAUCUGAAUGAGGCCUGCAAGGGCGGGGCGACGACCUUUUUAGAGGAGCGGAUGCUUUGGCGGCAGGAUGGGGACGAGGACGGGAAGAAGCUGGCGGUCGAGCCAAAGACGGGUCAAGUCUUGGUCUUCCAGCAUGAUUUGGUUCAUGAGGGAAGUAGGGUCACGGAGGGAGUCAAGUAUGUCAUCAGGAGUGAUAUCCUGUAUGGGCCACCUAUUCACAAUUUCAAGUAGACUUCAUCUGUCUCCUUUAAGCAGCAAUAGUUCUUCAAUGAGCAGAGCAACAAAUACAUGCACAUUUUUUCUUUUGUU